AUGCUGCAUGCCAAGCAAGGAGAACUUUCUAUUACUGCUUAUUUCACGAAAUUACGAUCAUUAUGGGAGGAAUUAGAGAGUUUUCAGCCAGUACCUGCUUGUGAAUGCACUCCAAAAUGCUCCUGUGGUCUUGGAGUUAUUCGAGCAUAUAGAUCUGAGGGAUGUGUGGUGAAAUUUCUACAGGGGUUAAAUGAUCAGUUCUCAACUAUAUGCUCACAGGUCAUGAUGAUGGAGCCACUACCCAAUCUUAAUUCUACUUUUGCCUUACUCACACAGCAAGAAAGGCAACUUGGCUUUCAUGGAGAAAAAUCUCAAAUACUUCUCAAUAUUGCUCAACCCAAAUCUCCACAAGGAACCACCUCCAACAAAGGAUCAGAUUCUACUAAGAGUGAUAUUAUUGUUGCUAAUCGACAAGGCAGAAGAAAGAACAGAACAUAUGGAGGCAAAGGAUCGGGUAGAGGAAAAUUUGUUUGCACAUAUUGUGGAAAGCUUGGACACACAAUAGAUGUUUGUUAUAGGAAACAUGGUCUGCCACCACAUCUGAAGCAGAGAUAUAAUAGUGGUGGUGCUGCAACAUUCAAUUAUGCAGCCACUGAUGAACAUGCUGAUGAAGACAGUGCAGAUCAGAAGCAGCGAAGAAGUGACGAGCAAUGCUUGGAAUUCACUCAAGAUCAGAAGAUCACUUUACUAGCCCUUCUUCAGCGCAAUGAGUUACAAUCCAUCCACAGCACAAACCAAAUAGUUGGUCAAACUCCAGCAAUGAGAGGUAACAAUAACCGAGUGAUUCAACUAUUGCAUUUUAAGUCACAUGUUUUGGCUGAGAGAAGUGGUGAUGAAACCAAAAAGUCAAAAUCUUGGAUCAUUGAUACAGGGGCCACUGACCAUGUAUCAUAUUAUCGUCAAGAUUUUGACACUUACCAUCAUAUUUCUACAAUUAUAAUUAGGCUUCCAAAUGGCUCCUACACCACAAGCAACAUCAUAGGAACAGAUUCAUCAAAGACGAGGAUUGGAUUAGCUAGAGCAGCAGAGGGACUUUCUGCAUUGGAUAUCUCAACACAACAUGAAUUUUCAUCUGCAUCUUUAAUGAAUUCUGUUAUUAGCUUCAAUGCUGCAGAUUUUACAUACAUUUGGCAUACUAGAUUAGGUCAUAUACUAGAGGAUAAGCUUGCUAACUUAAAUCACACAAACAAUUCUCAUAGAUCUGAAGAUUUGUUUAAUUACAGUCAUCAUUUAUCACCAAAUUAUCAACAUAUCACUCAUAUAUCUGUACCUCCUGUUGAUAAUUAUACACAUUUUGGGACUGAUAGCAUAGAUCCACCUGAGAAUGCUCCACAAUUAGGACUUGAAAUAAAUGAUUCUAACUUUAGCAUUUCAUCUCAUAAUAUCAAUCAUGCAUCUCCAUCUGCAUCUUCCUCAAACACUCAAACUAAUGAUAAUUAUCAUACAUCUUCAUCUGCAUCUUCCUCAAACAUUCAAGAUAAUGCUAAUGUCACAGUAGAUACUUCUAGCCCAGUCCUUAGAAGAUCCACUCAAACUAGGCAUGCACCUGCAUAUUUAGCAUAUUAUCAUUGCAUAAACUUAGUUGUUGCUCCAGCUACUCAUCUCAGAUAUCCAUUAUAUGUGCCUCUUUUCAAUUUGAGUGACAGUUUCAAACACCUCUCUCUAGCCAUCGCAAAUACACCUGAGCCGAAACACUAUAGGGAUACUAACCAAACUUGGAAACUCACGUCUUUGCCAGCAAGGAAGUUUCCAAUUGGUUGCAAAUGGGUGUUUCGAAACAAAUUCCAUUCUGAUGGCACAAUUGAAAGGUACAAGGCCAGGCUUGUUGCAAAAGGAUUCACCCAAGUUGCCAGAGUAGAUUAUCUUGACACAUUUAAUCCAGUUGUCAAGAUGACUACAUUAAGAGUAGUUCUGUCACUUGUUGCUGCAAAAGACUGGUUUCUCAAAUAA